UUACCAGCAUCAUGACUCUUGAGGAAGUUGUCAUCCAGGAGCCCAGCGAGAGAGCUCAGUGCACUGGAAAAGCGCUCGGGGAAGUUUUGGUUUCUGCCAAAGCUAACGAAUGCCUUACCAUUGGGGUUUACGAAUCUGCCAAAGUUAUGAAUGUCGACCCAGAUAGCGUGUCUUUCUGCGUCCUGGCGAUGGAUGAAGGAUUCGAGUGGGACAUCGCUCUUCAAAUCCACUUCACUCUUAUCCAAGCCUUCUGUUUCGACAACGACAUUAGCAUCGUCAGAGUGAACGACAUGCAGCGUCUUGUUGAGCUUGUUGGUGACAAGCCAGAACAACUUGAGGAUGCUCACUGCGUGCUCAUCACGAACCCAACUGAUGGUUCGUGGGAGGAUCCUGCUCUAGAGAAGCUUCACCUGUUCUGCGAAGAAAGUUGCAGCUAUAACGAUUGGGUUCCAGAGAUCACCCUGCCCGAGCGUUGAUCUGCAACUUUACUCUUCUCUUCUGAGAUGCUGUAAACCUUGAGGAAUACUCUACGCAUCCUUUGAAUCAAGGAUGAUGAUGUUUCCACAUCCCUGGAUUCUCCUGAGGAGGAUAAUCGGUCCAGGCAGCGCGAGGCAGGCCCGAGUGGCUCUCGCGGUUCUACGUCGUUUCUCGUCCCGUCCAUGCCAAGAUGAUCCUCAUUCUUUAUGUAAAUGAGGUCAGGCAUGCCACGAGAGCGACACAAUGGCCCUCAUUCUUUGUGCGGAUGAGGUUUGGAGAGAAAGGAGAAGCGAGUUUUGCCUCUGUUCCACAGAGCAAAUAUCGCAUGCGUUGGACACGCGGAGGACGCGGCGGUGCGUCGAAGCAACGUUUUUAAAAAUGGACUUUUACAUCACGGACGUUUUUACAAAUGUAAUUGCUGCACAAUAUAACGUACCUUAUUGUCGGCAAUGUGCUUUCCACUUUCCAGAAUUGUCUCAUUAUCUAAAGGUUUCACUUUAGAAAUAUUAUUAUGACAGAAAAAAAGAAAAAUAUAAAACUAAUUUAAAACAUUUUAUUUCUAAAGGUUUCACUUUAGAAAUAUUAUUAUGACAGAAAAAAAGAAAAAUAUAAAACUAAUUUAAAACUUUUUAUUUCUAAAGGUUUAACUUUAGAAAUAUUCAAUACAAAAAAUGAAGAAAAAAUAUUUAAAUGUGCUUUUAAAAUGUUUUCAUUGUAGA